UCUUCCUGUCAGCAUUGGAGGGGAAAGAAGGGGGGACACGCCUGUGUUUGUCAAACAGGUGUUUGUGUGUCUAUGAGUGUUUCUGUCACUCACACACCACUUUGUUCAUCUGAGCUGAAACAGAAGAGCAGCAAACCCUAAAUUCCCUCAGCCGCAGCAACCUCUAAUAAAGCAGUGCCAACAUGCAGAACGCAGAAGCCGUGUCAGCAACAAUAAACACUAAUAGGAACUGUACAGUGGAGAUCACCAAUGUUAGCAGCAAUUACUGCCUUAUCAAUCCAAAAGUGUACAUGUCCAGUGGGUUCAGUUACCAUCCACCCCAACCCACCAUCCGCACCGCCAAGACCGAGGUUUGCUCAUUCACUAAGGAUGACAACACUGCCACCGGGGCUGUGGGCAUCUUGACCUAUGACCUCUUCCACAUGCAGAACCGUAUGUGCACUGAGCGCAUGGCCAUUCUGUUCUCUGUCCCCUUCGACUACCACCUCUACAAGAACGUGAUGGGCAUCGGGCUGUUUGAGAGCAGCCGUGGAUGUGACAAGGCCCUGUACAAGCACAUGUAUGAGGGGAAGGACUUCAGUCAGUUCACCCGUGCAGAUGUGGGGGGAUCUGGAAUCACCCACAGAGGGAAGAAAAUAGAUUUAAGGGCCACCAUGUCUACUGUGGGCAAGGCUAUUAUUAAGCUAGAGGUCUAUGACAAGAUGGGCUAAAUAACAAACAAAUUGGGUCUGAGUACCAGUACACAAAUGAUUAAUAAAAUAAAAAUAAAAAAUAUAUACUUUUUAUGAUCUUAAACAUCAUAUGCUUAUUAAAUUUCAUCAUGUGCAUGCCAUUGUGCUAUCAAAUUUUAUCACUUUUUUUGUCUGUAUUAAAACCUGCAUUUAUGCUGCCCAAUAUUCUGAUUUUCACUUCUCAAAAUGUAUCUAAAUAAAAAGAAAAAGCCUGAA